AUGCCGUCGCUCUGGGGUUUGCGACUGGGUCGCUACGAUCCGACGACUUCCAAGCCCUCGAAAGGCUGGUGCAACGACGUCCCGUACGACGACAGCGACGCCGAAGCCGAGUGGGAGGAAUACAUCCGACGUCAACGCAGCCUCGAGAGCAACCAGCUCGACAAUGCGAGCUUCAAGACUGAAGACGCAAGUGAAGAAGCCAUUGACAACGAGAUCGAAGAAUCCACGCUGACCUCAGAGAUUGUGUCUGUGGACGACGAUUUCGAUGACGAGAUCUUUGCCUUGACACCGGAAACGUGUCCGAGUCCGUCGGGAUCUCCACGCGCAGUGUUGCCUAAGGUGCCGUUGCGGAUAUUUGUUGCCACUUGGAACAUGGCUGCAAAAGACCCUUUUGCACAUCGAAGACGUGGACAGUACAUUGGCGACGUUCUGGCAGCUGAAACUUUACGAGAAUUGUUGCCGCUAGGGUACGAUAUUUACGCUAUUGGCACGCAGGAGAAGGUCACCAAGCAUUUACAUGCUGCUGUACUCGCACGACUCAACCAGCAGCCGGUAGCUAGUUUACAGAAUACUGAGCAAAUGUAUCAACGUCUGGAGUUGACAGCAAAACGAAGAUGGCUACAUAGUCGACGACGACGAGAAGACGAGUGCCAGCACUGGCGGACGUAUCAAUCUCCCAACGCGAGUUUUUGCUGCGGAGACGUGCCCUCUCCUCAGUCACCAGGGGAUACUGAAGACAGCGACGCAGGUUGUUCGUGGUGGAACAAAGAGACGGGGGAGAAAGAAAUUCGAGGCCGCGGUGACCACGCCUUCAUCCGUCGAAAGUCCACAGGGCUCGCUGUAUACUACGCUAGUCAUCUGCACGGCCAACUUGAGGUCGUGGCAGCAGGUUUACACAAGUUCACGGGCUCAAAAGGAGGAGUCGCCGUCACAAUUCGUGUGGCAGGAGACCCGCAGACUCUUACUUUUGUCAACUGCCACCUCGAAGCGCACAAAAUUGAGCGAAGAAGAAGACAACUGGACAAACUUGCUCGUGCUCUCCCUAGGUCUCUGGAACUCAAUACCACGCUUGCCAAGUGUAGCGACCACGUGGUCUGGAUGGGAGACUUUAACUAUCGGAUCCAGGUGCUGGAAGGCAGCGAAGUGCUACACUAUUUGACUGCCGGUCGGUUGCAAGAACUGCACGACCACUACGACAGUAUGACCGAAGACUUAAAGCACGUGCCCGGUCUAAAAUCGUUCCGUGAACCGGCCAAGUGGCCUACAUUCUACCCGACGUAUAAGAAGGUAGCAUCGCGAUCACGACUGCCUCUGAGUGGCUCUACCACCGGAACGGGGCGAGAUACGCGGUGGGCUCAGCACGUGUACCAAACUACCUAUCGUGAACCGUUCUACAAAGGUGGGAGAGUCCGAGAGCGUGUUCCUGGCUGGUGCGACCGCAUAUUGUAUUGCUCUCGAGCGGAUUCCCCAUGGGAAAACUGCUUUAAGGUGGAGCAAGUUGAGUGUUCGGACUCGAGUCUGGGCAGAAGUAGUUUUGGUUCGGACACUGUACGAGAUAAUUACCGGGCGCUGAACGACGAGCUGCGCGGCAGUGACCACAGCCCUGUUUCGUGCACUUUCCUCUGGUCGGUGCAGCGCUAGAUUUCAUCGCUAGAGCGAUACAAGUACAGCCAAGGGUCCACUAGGGAAGAAAUUGGGAAUGUUGAAGUGGAGAUGGCUACAUUUCUGAACUUUU